UAUAAUUGUUAGUCAAAAUACAGUAACCUACCUAUGUUCUACAAGUUGCUGAUGGGACUGAGCCCGUGGCUCAAAGGGCCGGUGGGGUGGAGCUCUAUGAGUUCAAACUGAUGAACUGUGGCUUUGCUUACCUACACUACGUUAGUAAGCAUCAAAAAGAACUAGGAAGUAUAAUAAUGGAGUAAUUAAUUGGAUAUAAACAAAAAGUAUAUAUAUACAGUAGUUGAAGGCAUAUCAAGAACACAAAAGAAAUAAUAAAACUGAUGUAAGGGAGAUUCGGAGGUUGGCAAGAGAAAGAGGAGUACAGCUAAAGAAGAUCUAGGAAGAGAUCUAGUUCAACAAAAAAUAAAGGGAAAAUGAAAGAAAGAUAUGACUAUAACAUGAGUGGCAUCCCUCACGGUAUCAACAUGAUAGAGAUACUAUUGGAAUUUAACAUAGCUAACGGGAGGAUUUACUACGUUUGGAAACACUUUAGGUACUAAAUGUAAGAUUGGUUUUCUACAAAACCUCCUUAAAAAAAGGCCAUUUCGGUCUCUUGGUCCUUCAGUUUCGUGUUCUAUGGAGAGAGAGAGAGAGAGAGAGAGAGAGAGAGAGAGAGAGAGAGAGGAAACAGCCGGUAAGCUUCAUAAGGUACCGUUGACAAAAGAGGAUGGAUGGUCACCACUCUCUAGGCGAAAUUAUUCUACCUAUUUUAUACUUAUCUCCAACAGCUUGUACAGCUUUCUGAGCAAUUAACUUCUCACUAACUAGGACAACCAACUUACUUCUAUUAUUUUAACUAGUUAGUAAAUUCUUGCCUGCCUAUAUAAGUACCCUCCUCAUGAGUUCUAAAAUACAUGCCAGCACUUUCUUCUCUCCAUUGUCUUCUCAUCCCACAUACCCCACCUCAACCAUUUUUCCUCUGCAAAACCCAUCCGGCAUUAUAGUUUUAUUCCCUCAACUCAAGAUCUUCUCUAGCUUUCUUCUUUUUGCUAAAGUAAAUAUGGGGCCAGUUGCUUUGUGCAUUGUAGCUUUGGUGGUUAUAAGCAUCACACAUUGGGUUUACAGAUGGAGGAACCCCAGAUGCAGUGGAGAACUCCCACCAGGUUCCAUGGGUUUGCCACUCUUAGGUGAGACUCUUGACUUCUUCACCCCUAACACUUCCUGCGACAUUCCUCCUUUCAUCAAAAAGAGAAUCGACAGAUAUGGUCCAGUAUUCCGUACAAGUUUGGUGGGGCGAGCAGUUAUAAUAUCGAUAGACGCUGAUUUCAGUUAUUUUGUAUUCCAACAAGAGGGGAAAUUAUUCAAGAGCUGUUAUCCAGUUACCUUCAAUGAGAUCUUUGGACGACAAAAUGUGGGUUCUUUGCAUGGGUUCAUGUACAAGUACCUCAAGAAUAUGGUGUUGAAUUUAUUUGGUCCCUUGAGCCUGAAAAAGAUGCUCCCUGAAGUUGAGCUGGCAGCAUGUACAAAUUUAAAGAGGUGGUCCAGUCAGGAGUCUGUUGACCUGAAGGAUGCUAGUGCAAGUAUGAUAUUUGAUCUGACAGCAAAGAAACUGAUCAGCUACGAUCGAGAGAGGUCAUCUGAUAAUCUGAGGGAGAGUUUUGUCGCUUUCAUGAAGGGAUUGAUUUCCUUCCCCUUGGACAUUCCUGGAACUGCAUACCACAAGUGUUUACAGGGAAGGAAGAAGGCGAUGGGGAUGCUGAAGAACCUGUUACAGGAAAGACGGGCAAAGCCAAGGGAGAAACAAAGUGAUUUCUUUGAUUACGUCCUUGAAGAACUUGGGAGAGAGGAUACAAUACUCACAGAAGCAAUUGCUCUGGAUUUAAUGUUUGUGCUACUGUUUGCCAGCUUUGAGUCAACUUCCCUGGCUAUGACUAUGGCCACCAAAUUUCUUUUGGAGAAUCCUUUAGUGCUCAAGGAACUAACGGUUGGUGAAUAUAAUUUACCCCAAAUAAAGUCCUCCAUUGUUACAUCAAAUACUGUACUGUUACCCCAAUUGACAGACUCUUUAUACCCAACGCAGGAAGAACAUGAGGCAAUUCUAAGAAGACGGGAAAAUUCAAAUUCUGGACUGACAUGGGAAGAAUAUAAAUCAAUGACAUUCACGUUUCAGUUCAUAAAUGAAACAGUCAGGAUGGCAAAUAUAGUCCCAGCAAUCUUCAGAAAAGCACUCAAAGAAAUCAAGUUUAAGGGUUAUACCAUUCCAGCUGGUUGGACGGUUGUUGUCUGUCCUCCAGCUGUACACAUGAACCCUGCCAUAUAUAAAGAUCCCCUUCACUUCAAUCCACAGAGAUGGGAGGGCAUGGAAUCAAAUGGUGCAUCCAAACAUUUCAUGGCUUUUGGGGGUGGCAUGAGAUUUUGUGUUGGAACAGAUUUCACCAAAGUGCAAAUGGCCGUCUUCCUCCACUGCUUGGUUACAAAGUACAGGUGGCAAGCAAUCAAAGGAGGAGAAAUUGUCCGAACUCCUGGUCUACAAUUUCCAAAUGGUUUUCAUGUUCAGUUCUUUGAGAAAAAUGGAUUGAAGCAAGAUACAACAAUUAACUGUAUAUAAGCAUAGUACCAAGAGAUUGCAACAGCAACUUACCCAACAGUAAUGCCACUCCGAAGAAGUGAAAGAUAUUAUUUUUAUGCUGUUUCAACACGUUGUGUUAAAGACAAGGGGGGAAAAAAGGAAAGGGGAAAAAAGAAAUAUGUGCAAGGGUCAUGUUGAACCACAAUCAUCAAUAUAAGAAGGGUAAAUGUUUUUUUAUCACCUUUUGUGAUAUGCUUAGUAUUAGAAUAUUACAUCUGUGAGAAGUUGUACAUUAGGCGCAACCCCCCAACGCACACACCCAAAACAAAAAUUGUAAAACAUUUGAAAAAGAGGGAAAAGAGAAUACAGAAUGAAAAAGAGCUUUCACUU